AUCAAACCCCCCAAAAAAAUCACAAUCGAAUCGAAAACCCUAAUAAUCUUCUUUCGAGAAUCAUUCAUGAUCGCGAACCAGACUAGGUUUGCGCUCCGGCUGGCAAACCACGUUGGCGCGGCAGCGGCCUUCGACGGGAGGAACCUCGUCUUCUCGCCGCUCUCUCUCCACGUCAUGCUCAGCCUCAUUGUCGCUGGAUUGAAGGGUCCUACUUGUGACCAGAUUCUCCCGGUCCUCGGCUCGGCGAGCCACGGUGAACUUAGCUCCCUCGCGUCCCAGAUCGUUUCCGUUGUUCUCUCCGACGCCUCGGCCAGUGGCGGUCCCCGGAUCGUCUUCUCCAAUGGUGUCUGGGUCGAUCGUUCGGUUUCUUUGAAGCCUUCUUUCAAACAGAUCGCGUCUGAGACGUAUAAGGCCGAGGUCAAGUCCGUCGAUUUUCAAUCAAAUGCUGAUCAAGUUGCAAAAGAAGUUAACUCUUGGGUUAAGAAUUUGACAUCUGGACUCAUCAAAGAGCUUCUUCCUUCUGGGUCUGUUGAUCACAAUACAAGAUUGAUCUUUGGCAAUGCACUUUAUUUUAAAGGGUUGUGGGAUAAGAAAUUUGAUGCAACUGAAACCACCGACUCUGAAUUCCAUCUGCUCGAUGGUAGCUCUGUACAAGUACCUUUUAUGACCUCUGAAGGUAAACAACUUCUCUCCGCCCACGUUGGUUUUAAAGUCCUCGGGCUUCCUUACAAAGAAGGUGUUGAUGGGAGGCAAUUUUCUAUGUAUUUAUUUCUUCCUGAUGCACAAGAUGGUUUAUGGAGUUUAUUAGAGAAAUUAAAAGAUCUUGGGUCAUUGGAUCAUUAUCUUCCAGCUCGAAAGGUUGCUGUAGGUGAUUUUAAGAUUCCAAGGUUCAAGGUCUCAUUUGGAUUUGAAGCAUCCAAAGUUUUAAAAGCUUUGGGCCUGGAGUUGCUUUUCUCAAAAAACUGUGAUCUGUCUGAGAUGGUGGACUCACCCACUGGCCAAAAUCUAUAUGUUCCAUCAGUUAUCCACAAAUCCUUUAUUGAAGUAAAUGAGGAAGGAACUGAAGCUGCUGCUGCAACUGCUUUAAUGUGUGGGUCAUCAUCGCCCAUGUAUCUGCGUCCGCUGGAUUUUGUUGCUGAUCAUCCCUUCCUAUUUUUAAUCAGAGAAGACAUGACAGGAGUUGUCCUGUUCGUUGGGCAUGUUAUAAAUCCUCUAUUGGUUUGAUAAAUGUCUCUGGUGAACAAUUUUGCAGUUGUAGAGCUAUGGUUUAGGGGAAUGUUAUCUUAAUACUGUAAACAUGUUUGCAAGUUGCAACUACUCAUUGUGACAAGUAAAUGUUUGGUUAGUUUA